AUGAACCUGGACAAAGAGAUUCGCAAGCGGGCGCUGCAACGCAUCGCCAAGACCGUCCAGAUCGCGCUGCACCGCUGCGAGCCCAGCAAGGAGGGCGAGGCGAUCAAGUAUGCGCAGAACAUCGAGAAGCGGGCGCAUGAGGCCUGCCAAGGGCGCGAGGACCUGUACAGCGCCAACGUGCGCAACCUUACGAACCAAUUCGUCCAGCAGUGCUUCGCCAAGGUCGGCCUCGCGCCGCCCGGCGCCAGCCACCACCAGCAGGCGCAGCCGCAGCAUGGCGGGGUUGUGAUGCUUGAUGGCACAGUGGGCGCGCAGCAGCAGCAGCAGCAGCAGCAACCGCAGCAGCAGCAGCAGCAGCCGCACAUGAUGGUCGGGCAAAUGCCCAUGGGCUAUGGCCAGCCCCAAAUGCAGCAGUUGGCUGUGCCCCAGCAGCAACAGGGGUACAACAUGCAGCAGCAGAUGCUGCAGCAGCCGCAGCAACAGCAGCCGCAGCAGCCGCAACAGCAGCAACCGCAGCAGCAGCGACAGGGUAUGGUGCCGCAGCCCAGCAUGAAUGAGGGUUUCAUGGACUUCCUUGGAGCCUUUGGAGCUUUCAACGAUGGCACGCCGCCUGGCGGCGACCCUUCGGGCCUCAUGCAGAUGAUGCAGCCGCCGCAGCAGCAGCAGCAGCCGCAGCAGUGGCAGCAGCCGAUGGCGCAGCCGCAGGCACAGGUGACUCCUGCGGGCAUGGGGUACUAUCCCGGUCAACAGCAGGUGGGCGGUGGCGCCGCGCUCUAUCCAGCACCCAUGCAGCAGCAGGUGCAGCAGCAACAGCCGCAGCCAUUGCAGCCGCCGCAACCGCAGCAGCAGCAAAUGAUGGGGUCGUCCAUGCCCAUCCCCAACUCGGGCAUGCACGUGCAGCAGCAGCAGCCGGCGCCAAUGAUGAUGCCAUAUCAGGGAAUGAUGGCACCUCCUGCGGCAAUGGCAGCUGUACCGGGUAUGGGCGGGUUUGUACAGGCUCCGCCAAACGCCAUGCCGUGGCAAAUGCAACAGCAACAACAGCAGCAGCACAUGAUCCAGCAGCAGCAGCAACAGCAGCAGCAGAUGUUGCAACAGCAGCAGGCUCAGCAGCAACAGCAGCAGCAGCAGCUGAUGCAACAGCAGCAGCAGCAGCAGCUGCAACAGCAGCAGCAACAACAGCUUCAACAGCAGCAGCAACAGCAACAACAGCUCCAACAGCAGCAGCAGCAGCAGCAACUGCUCCCAUACCAACAGCAGAUGCAGCAACCCCAGCAGCAGCAACCCCAACAGCAACCUCAGCAGCAGCAACCGCAGCCACCGCAGCAGCAGCUGCAGCAGCAGCAGCAGUACAUGCCAGCUCAGCAGCAGUAUGGAAUGGCAGCGACAG